UGGCCUUUGUGUACAGCUAAACAUUCCUGACAUAUUUUCGUUAUUUUGUCACUUGAGAAAAUUUUAUACGACUCUUUUUUAUUUUGGAUUUCUCUGCCAUCAACAUGCAUAAACAAGGCUUGAAUCGUGAGCCCUCGGCGUCCGCGUCGACCAUUUCUCGAUCACUCAGUUUCCAGGCACAAAACGUUCCAAAUUUUCAAACUUUGUGCACGUCGUCCACUCCAACCACAUUAAAAAAUGUGCUCGCGAUGCCACAAGCACCUCACCUCACCGUUCGAUCUCUCCGAGUACCGCCCCGAACUCACAGUCUCCGAAUAUCUCGACGACGAAGCACAAGAGUUUACAGACGGGAAAGCCUUAGUGGCAAUUCUCAAAGUUGCGAAGAUAACAGAGAAAACUUCAGUCUGCCAGAUGUGCCCGAAGUGGAACCCGAAGAAGUUGAUGUUAUUGAGUUCAUAGACGGCAAGCGUCCGCGGAAUAGUGAGCCAGAGCCUAUGACAUUGCCACACUGUAAACUCGCCAGGGAGCUUUGCUUGACCUGCCUGAUCGCCUCCGUUCUAUUAUUUCUCUGCCAGCUGGUGGCGGCGGGGUGCUUGUGCAACCCCCUGAUGGUGCUGGCCGGGCUGUGGGUGGCAGCGCUGCUGCUCUGUAAAGGAGUCAUCGGACUUAGGGUCAUCUCGGCGCCCUCUCGAGCCAUGCUGAUGGGUGACGUUGUGAUGUCGGUGCUGGGUGCUGUGGUAGCGGUGAUGGCUGCUGCUUACCUCGUGUCGGGCCACAUUACCGUGUCCUGCGGUUCAUCCCUGCACAGGCCCGACCAAGGAACAGCAAUCCGCAUGUACAUCCUGGAGUUCACGGCGAUUGUGGCCUCCAUCCCGUGCAUCGCCGGCGCAGUGGCGUCCUUCAUCGCUGCCGCGCUGUCCGCGCAAGCUGCCAGGGUUCGUAAGACGAGACUGGACGCGCCGGUGGUUCUAUUCCUCAGAAGUUGGCCUCAAGGAAACGAAAUUUCAUCUCCAAGUGGACGGACAAACGUGCUGGUUAACUCAACCGAUGAAGAAAUCGGGGGUCAAAUCACGCGGGACUCUUUGGCUCACACUGCCGGCUGUGAGGGAACCGGUCGAGCUUCUACCCCGCCGCCAAACUACAGUCAAGUUGCCUGCGAAUCUUUCGCUUGAAACGCAAUAAUCAUGUGACCUAACAAAAUAGUCGGAUAUUCCUUUGAGCCCCUAAUCAGAAAUAAGAAAUUUAUUUAAUUCAUGUGGAUGAGUUUCUUCUUAAAGAAAGUUUGAUGCUCAUUGUUUGCUCGACAUCAUUUCCUAAAGUUCUUUAUGUCAACUUUCAUUAUAGGGUUUCUGUUAUCUUUUUUUAAAAACACGAAAGAGAAAUAGUAUAAAUGCUGCAAAAUGUACAUAAAAAUGUACCUCGCCAGAGUCCAGCCAACGGUCAACCUAAUGGCUGACUUCUUUCGAUUGGCAGUCAAACAUCUUCAAAUUUGGACGACGACCAAUUAACAACCUAAAUUAUAAGUUGUUAAACAUUAAUCCGCACCUUUGAAGAACCACUGUGAAGUAAUUUCGAACUAGUGGUAAUUUUUAGGCAGAAUAAUUAAGACGAGUUUCCUUGCUCUGAAAACGGUUUCUCUCAGGGACGCAUUGAUUAAGAUAUUGCAAUUUUGAAACAACGUAUGUUUAGAUAAUCAUCGAGUGUAUAGAAGUAGCUUGUAAAUAUACUUGGGCUGCCUACUUGCCUUGGGCAUCUUUAACAUGACGUGGUGCCACGUUUUCCUGCUGUCGUCAGGUAUGAGCUGCGUUGAUCCUUAACAGGAGCCCACUACUCACAUGCAUGUGAGUUACGGGCUCCGCUGGCAAAGCAUUCGGCACCGAUACAAGCAUAAGACAUGUCACAGGCGGUAGCGAUUUAAUAAUAAUA